AUGGCGUUCUUGUUCAAGAAGAGGACUGCGAAGAAAGAAGAAGACGUGCUGCAACGGGUCGCGGGCAUGGUGCGCGACAGAGAGGCACAGAAGCUGGCCACCGACCACGGCCUCAGCCUGCAAAACGUAUCGUGGGAGGACAAUGCGCGCGACAAGGGCUCAUGCUGGGGACCGUGCAUCAGCGACAUGACCCUCGUGGUCGACAACACCAACCUUCCCGUCAUCCGCUACCCCAACUUCGAGGACCUCACCUGGGACGUGCCGAUGGAGCGCAUCAUGCUGCGCGUGGGGAACGAAAAGGGCGAACAGGCCUUGCGCACGGUAUCGCUCCGGACCUAUCUGGCCGAGCUCCGCAGUUUCCUGCACCGGCCCGACGGCUGGGCCGGCAUCAACUCCUCCCUCUACGACGAGACCCGCGAUUCGCACGUGAUCGUGUCCGCGCAGGCUUGCUUCCUGCCCGUCCCACAGGGCGGCGAGGCCAAGUUCAACGUCAACCUCUACAACUACCAGAGCCGGACGGGCGACCCGGCCGUGCUGGCGAUCGUCGCCACCGCGCAGGGCACCUCGGCUCAGAUCGUCAACGCCUCGGGCCAACACCUGUACUUCAACAAAAACGGCGAGCGCGCAAGCUUCAUUGGCCAACGACUAUCUGACAAUCGCCAGGAGCGCGGCGUCAUCGAGGAGCAAGACAAGGGCAAGAAGAAGCAAAAGGUGGAGAUGACCGCCGAGGAGAAGCAGAACAACAUGGUCGCCAUCAUCCAGGUGCCUCUCAAGCGCAAAGGCCCUGAAGACGACUGGUCGAGCGACGGGUGCGAGGAGGAAGAUGAAGAUGACGAAUGCUGCAGUGAAUCCGACGCCGAAUGCGACGUGGAAGAUGCGAUCAUCAAGGUGGGCGAAGCCGAGGGCGAGUUCCAGGAGAUCGGAGGCCUCGACAUCGAACGCGACACCCGAUUCCCCGUUCGCGUGACUCUCCAGUUCUACAAGACGACCAGCAACGGAGAGAUCAACAACGCCGUGGUUGCCACCAUUGCCAGCCAGAUCGAUGGGGCUCGAGGCAACGCUGCCUUCCUGAGCAGCCUCGUGGUGGAGGGCGACACCGGACGCCCCACCGAGUGGGCUGCCUAA